CAUAAGUCCCUUAUGAUCCAGUAUUUUGUAACGGCUUGUACAUUUAUAUUAUUACUCUGCUGUCAUCAUAUAAGACCAGCUGUUAAUAAUAAAACUUUCGAGAGUGAUUACUAGGUAUCGCUUCGAUCACCACGGAUUUCGGAUCAUUGUCCUAUUAUAAGAUUUUUUCAUUUUAUCAUUUUUAUAAUAUAAUGAAAUAUAAUUUUUUCGAGUAAAAGGAGAAACUGAGAUAAAAAACCAUUACUAAUUUAUAACGGUUAUAAUUUAUAACGGUUUGAAGAAAAGUAGACUGAGCCAAAACACCAUCUAUGAUCAGCUGUAAUAAAGGAUUUGACAUAUGUAGGAAGCGGCGGAAAACAAUUCUUUGUGAUAUAUAAAAGGUUUUAAGGUUAAUUCAAGUGUAACACUGAUAAAACAUUCAUAAAUAAUUUUGAGAGAAAUCUAUAAUUAUAAUAUAACGACUUUGAUCGUAACCAGAUUUAAGCAUAAAAAACGAAGAAGUUUAAAUGUUAAGCAGUUAUGGCAACGCCCGUCACUGAUAAGAAACCGCGAGUGAUUGUUUUAGGAGGAUGCGGUUUCAUUGGGCGUAAUCUCGUGGAAUAUUUACUGAAUAAUGAUUUGGUAUCGUACCUACGUGUUGUAGAUAAAGUGCCUCCGCAAACUGCCUGGUUAAAUUCGAAACAUACGAAAAUUUUUGAAAAUCCUCUACUUGAAUUUAAAAGCGCUAAUUUAAUAAAUGCAGCAUCCUGUCAGAAUGCAUUUGCUUCUGACAAACCGAUUGAUUAUGUUUUUAAUUGCGCUGGAGAAACAAAAUGCGGUCAAACAGAUCCCGUUUAUAAAGAAGGAAUUUACAAAUUAAGUAUUAAUUGUGCUCAACAAGCUGCCAAAAUUAAAGCAAAUCAUUUUGUUGAAAUAUGUUCGGGCAAUCUGAGUUCUUCUGAAAAAGUACCGUGUAUAGAAGAAGAAAAUGGAGAUCCAUGGACAUUUGUUGCAAAAUAUAAAUUACAAGUGGAACAUGAUCUGAAGAACAUACCAAAUUUAAAAUAUACUAUUCUUAGACCAGCAAUAGUAUAUGGACCUGGUGAUAGAAAUGGCUUAGCAUCAAGGCUAGUAGUUGGAGCGGUCUAUAAACAUUUAGGAGAAAUGAUGAAAUUACUUUGGGGACCAGAUCUUCGUAUGAAUACAGUCCAUGUAAGAGAUAUGGCUCGAGCUAUUUGGCAUGUAGCAAACAGAUCUGAUACAAUAGGACAAAUAUAUAAUGUUGUUGAUGAAGGAAAUUCCACUCAAGGCUCCAUAAGUGCUAUCGUUUCAGAAUUAUUUAAUAUCAACCACGAUUAUUGGGGUACUACACUAUCUACUCUGGCUAAAACUGAUAUGAGUUCUGUAGUCGAAGAGGUAAAUGACAAACAUAUGGGUCCUUGGGCCGAUGCAUGUAAUAAAGAUGGAGUGGAGAACAGUCCUUUGUCUCCAUACAUAGACCAAGAACUCCUUUAUAACAAACAUUUAUAUUUAAAAUCUGGGAAGCUAUCUCUUAAUACAGGUUUUACGUAUCUAUAUCCUAAACUCACAAAAGAAUCACUUAAAGAGGUUCUUGAUGAUUAUGUAGCCAUGAAGAUAUUUCCACAUUCCUUAGUACUUUAACUCUUAUCAAUAAUAAUUUUUUAUACAGAAUAUUUGAAUGCUUAUAAUAACUUACACAUACAUAGAAACGUUUCACCUUGUGCCUAGUGAUCUACGCAAGUACGAAAGUUACAUACUUUAGUAUACACUGAAUACUUAUAUAUAACCACAUUUUACACAUUUAAUAAUACAUUAGGUGAAUUUAUAGAAUUUCAAGAUAAAAGAUCAUGAUUUCAUAGAUGGGCUUAUUUGCCAAUGUGAUAAAGUAGAGAUUAAUGUACUUAAUUUUAUUAUAAUUAAAAUGCAGGUUAAUUUGUUAUUCUAUUAAUUACGAGUUUGAUUGAUAAUUUUUUGAUUGUCAUUUUUAAAGUGCAGAAAUUGCCUAAAUUAAAACAAGUAUUGAGGAUGUAUUUACAUAGUAACAUAAAAUAAUUUAAUACUAUCUAAAUCUCCUCAAUUAAAGAUAAAAUAUAAAUUAUUUUGAUAAUUAAUUUUAAUUAAUAUAUACUUGGCCAAAUAUGUUUUUUAUAUACAACAAUUUGAAGAUAUAUAAAUGAUAUUGAUAAUUGUUAGAGAUACGCAAUUUUUUUUUAAUUAUUGUGUUCAACUGUAUCUUCCAAGUGCUGUGAGCGAACCUGAAAAUCAUUCUAUUCCAAAUAAUUAUCACUAUAUUUUAUAGUACUUAAUAUGUCAUACAUAAGGGAACGUAUUAAGCCAAGUACAAACAACGUGAUUAAGCUAGAAGAUUUUAUUCUUAUGAUAUUAAUCCUUAUAAAAAUCGCUAGAUAUAUAUAGUAAAAGCCUAAUGUUUGCAUAAGGUGAAUGCAUAAAAUGAUGUAAAUCUAUGUUAGUACUAAAUACCACAAAUAUAAUAGCAUUUCUUUUUUAAAACUGUUGUUAAGAAAUAUACAGCGAGCAUUUUGAUAAUAAAGUUAUUCAAUUUAUCAA